CACGUGCAGCUGAUAGGCUCGGAUAGGAAACGGGAGGAGAGAGAGAGAGUGGAGUGAUUGAGGGACUACAAGGAGAAUUAAUCCCGUGUAUUGAGUGUUCAUAUGAGCGGUGUGCAGGCAGGGAGGCAGGCUGAGAAUCCCUCACCCUUUCCCGGAUUCAUUUUGGAGAGGACACACUAUGGAGGAUGUCCACCAUUACACCCGCAGCCCUGCGUGGGAGGAACUGGAACCGGAGAAAGGGCCGGUGUCCGCGGCGGGGAUCCAUGCCCAUGUGGUGGGGGUUGUCGCCGGAUCCGGGGCUGCAGAGGAGUCCUCUGACAGCGACGCAGAGCAGGAAGGCCCCCAGAAACUCAUCCGGAAAGUGUCCACCUCCGGGCAGAUCAGGAGCAAGACGAGUAUAAAGGAAGGAUUGCUGCUGAAACAGACCAGCUCGUUCCAGAGGUGGAAAAAGCGUUACUUCAAACUGAGAGGCCGAACGCUCUACUACGCCAAAGAUGCCAAGUCGCUUAUCUUUGACGAGGUGGACCUAUCAGACGCCAGCGUUGCAGAGUCCAGCACCAAGAAUGUCAACAACAGCUUCACGGUGAUCACUCCUUUCCGUAGACUCAUCCUCUGCGCGGAGAACAGGAAAGAGAUGGAGGACUGGAUCAGCUCUCUGAAGUCCGUCCAGUCCCGAGAACAUUACGAGACGGCACAGUUUAAUGUGGAACAUUUCUCAGGGAUGCACAACUGGUACGCCUGCUCCCACGCACGGCCCACCUUCUGCAACGUGUGCAAAGACAGCCUGUCGGGGGUCACGUCCCACGGCCUCUCCUGCGAAGUGUGCAAAUUCAAAGCCCACAAACGCUGCGCAGUCAGAGCCACGAACAACUGCAAAUGGACGACUCUGGCUUCUAUAGGGAAGGAUAUCAUAGAGGACGAGGAUGGGAUUGCGAUGCCUCACCAGUGGUUGGAAGGAAACCUGCCUGUCAGUGCCAAGUGUGCCGUGUGUGAUAAGACGUGUGGCAGCGUGCUGCGGCUGCAGGACUGGCGCUGCCUCUGGUGCAAAGCCAUGGUGCACACAGCCUGUAUGGACAUUUACCCUCGAAAGUGUCCUCUGGGUCAGUGCAAAGUGUCCAUCAUCCCCCCCACCGCGCUCAACAGCAUCGACUCUGAUGGCUUCUGGAAGGCCACCUGCCCCCCCUCCUGUGCCAGCCCCCUCCUGGUCUUUGUGAACUCUAAAAGUGGAGACAACCAGGGAGUGAAGUUCCUGCGGCGCUUCAAGCAGCUCCUCAACCCGGCGCAGGUCUUUGACCUCGUCAACGGGGGGCCGCACCUCGGUCUGCGCCUGUUUCAGAAGUUUGAUAACUUCCGGAUCCUGGUGUGUGGAGGAGAUGGCAGCGUGGGCUGGGUCCUCUCAGAGAUCGACAAACUCAACCUCCACAAACAGUGCCAGUUGGGGGUCUUGCCGUUGGGCACGGGUAACGACCUGGCUCGGGUGCUGGGCUGGGGGCCGUCCUGUGACGACGACACGCAGCUGCCCACCACCCUGGAGAAGCUGGAGAGAGCCAGCACCAAGAUGCUGGACCGCUGGAGCAUCAUGACCUACGAGAUCAAGAUCCCCCCCAAACACAGCUGCCCCACCACGCCUGAAGGACCCGACAACUGCCAGUUUCACAUCUCAGCCUACGAGGACUCAGUAGCUGCUCACCUCACGAAGAUCCUCAACUCUGAGCAGAACUCUGUGGUCAUCUCCUCCGCCAAGAUCCUGUGUGAAACAGUGAAGGAUUUUGUUGCCAAAGUGGGGAAAGGCUACGAGAAAACGACAGAGAACACGGAGGAGUGCGACACCAUGUCUCUCAAAUGUGCCAUCCUGAACGAGAAGCUGGACUCCCUCCUGCAGACCCUGAACACAGAGAGCCAGAUCUCCUCCCUCCCUCACGCCACUCCCCCCAUCGUAGAGGAGGAGCAGGAGGAAGAGGAGGAGGAAGAGGAGGAGGCGAGUGAGGAGAGCCUGACGGAGCUGAAGGAGAAGCUGGAGGAGGUGGAGACGGAGAAGGGGAGACGCUCCGCUCCUCAUCAGCUGUUCAAGAGCCGCGAGCAGAUGAUGCUGAGGGCCAACAGCCUGAAGAAAGCUGUGAGGAGGAUCAUCGAGCAGGCCGAGAAAGUGGUGGACGAGCAGAACGCCCACUCUGAGGACUCGGAGCUUCCGUCUCCUCUGGAGUUCAGGAAGCUCAGCGAGGACGAGAACAGAGAGAGCGAGAAGGACGAGGACACCAAGGAGCUGGAGGCCGUCACAUCUGCUAAGAGUCCCUGUUCUCCAGAGGAGAGGAAGGUGAGUCGCAGCACUCAGGCGUACGGCUCCUUCACCAUCACCCCCUUCACCACCAGCAAGGAGAACCUCCCGGUGCUCAACACACGCAUCAUCUGCCCCGGUUUGCGGGCGGGUCUGGCUGCCUCCAUCGCCGGCAGCUCCAUCAUUAGCAAGAUGCUGCUCGCUAACAUCGACCCGUUCGGAGCGACGCCCUUCAUCGACGACCUCGACUCCCUAGAGGGCUACAUGGAGAAGUGUGUGAUGAACAACUACUUCGGUAUCGGCCUGGAUGCUAAGAUCUCUCUGGAGUUCAACAACAAGCGAGAGGAGCAUCCAGAGAAAUGCAGGAGUCGCACUAAGAACAUGAUGUGGUACGGUGUUCUGGGAACUAAGGAACUUCUGCAGAGAACCUACAAGAACCUGGAGCAGAAGGUCCAGCUGGAGUGUGACGGUCAGUACAUCCCCCUCCCCAGCCUGCAGGGCAUCGCAGUUUUAAACAUUCCCAGCUACGCAGGAGGGACCAACUUCUGGGGCGGCACCAAGGAGGACGACAUCUUCUGUGCCCCCUCUUUUGAUGAUAAGAUCCUGGAGGUGGUGGCUGUGUUUGGGAGCAUGCAGAUGGCCGUGUCCCGAGUCAUCAAGCUGCAGCACCACCGCAUCGCACAGUGUCGAACAGUGAAGAUCACCAUCCUGGGAGAUGAGGGCGUUCCCAUCCAGGUGGACGGAGAGGCCUGGAUCCAGCCGCCUGGAGUCAUCAAGAUCCAACACAAGAACCGGGCCCAGAUGCUCACCAGAGACCGGGCGUUUGAGAACACGUUGAAGUCGUGGGAGGAUAAGCUGAAGUACGAUAAGGCCCCUCUGAGACCUCACCUGUACCCUCAGCAGUCUGUGGAUCUGGCUACAGAAGAAGAAGCUGCUCAGGUGCAGCUGUGUGCCCGCGCUGCAGAGGAGCUCAUCACCAGGAUCUGUGAGGCAGCGAAGACCAACGGGCUGUUGGAGCAGGAGCUGGCUCAUGCUGUUAACGCCUCGUCGCACGCCAUCAACAAGACACACCCCAAGUUCCCAGAGAGUCUGACCAGGAACACGGCGAUAGAGGUGGCGAGCACCGUGAAGGCUCUGUACAACGAGACCGAGUCUCUGCUGCUGGGACGAGUCUCUCUGCAGUUGGAGCAGCCGGAGGAGGACCAGCUGUCCACGGCUCUGCAGAGUGUUGAGCUGGAACUGGGAAAACUGGGAGAAAUACCCUGGCUCUACCACAUCCUGCAGCCCAAUGACGAAGAGGAUCACUCUCUGGGUUACGGAAAGAGGAACAGUCGCAGCAGCAUGUUCCGCAUCGUGCCCAAGUUCAAGAAGGAGAAGGCGGCCAAGAAGACCAGUCCUCAAUCAGUGGAGAGGUGGGGUCCAGAGGAGGUGGGGGUCUGGUUGGAGCAGCUGAGUCUCGGGGAGUACAGAGACACCUUCAUCCGACACGACAUCCGCGGCUCGGAGCUGCUGCACCUGGAGAGGAGGGACCUGAAGGAUCUGGGGAUAUCGAAAGUGGGUCAUAUGAAGAGAAUUCUCCAGGGAACUAAGGACCUGGCCAAGGCCUCCAUGGUUGACCUUUAACCCGGAAGCAGACGCUACCGAAGAGAAGGGGCGGGGCUUAAUGAUUCCCCUCACAGUGGAAGAGUUUGGCAGCAGCACCGUGGGCAGGGAAGGAGAAGAAAGGCCUUAAAGAGAGCUGUGUUGUCAUCCAGAAACCGUUUGGUGCCAAAUGGAGAGAGGGGAUGGAAACAAGAAAAGGACGUCAUGGAUCUUCACAACAAAAAAAGAAGCCAUUUCUAAGUUAAUAACCAUUCAUAGCACACAAUCAGGUAUGCAAGUAUCCAUACUGACAGCUGAGUUGUAAUUACAAAUAGUAGCAGAACCAGGACUUCCAUGAGUGUGGCUUUAGUUUCAGUUUGUAGACGUGGAGUUUGGGUUUCAUUAGCACGACAGAACCGUGGGAACAUCACAGUCUCUGGAUUAAAACAGUGGGAAACUGUCGCAUGCGAUGCUUGCUCAACCUUAGAUAUGUUUAACUGCAUGAUUAGUGUCUUGAUUAUUUUGUGUGCAGAAUAACACUUGAACAAGUUUUACAUGACUUAAGUAUUACGAUGCCAUUUGUUACUACUGAAAGCAUCCUUAGUUCGGUCCUCAAUCUUUCUUUUCUAGCUUUAAUUUAUUUCGUUUGCAUGAUGAUGAUGAUGUGUCAAAGACUUGUGCCAUACUUUCAGUCAUUUAGUGUAAAACGUGCUUUAUUGGUAGAAGUCAUAAUAGGUUUGUUUUUUUUAAAGCUGUUGGGGUAUAUCAACCCAGUCUCACGGCAUUUCGUGUUAUAGUCACGACAUGUAAUCUAUUGAUUCGUGUUCACCAACACGAUUUCCCCAUUUUUUUCGUGU